GGAGAGGUAGUAAGUAGUCCAUGAGAAGCCAGGCCGGCAUUAAUCUAUAGCAGUGCCUUCCAUUCCGGGCAAGAAUCGGUCACGGGGUAUUACCAUGAUCAAUAGAGAGAAUAAGAUCAAGACAGGCUGGAAAGAACAUCGACAAGAAUCUUGUGGGCCAUGCUUUGCAGGCCAUUGUUGCCUUCCUCAUGACCCUCAACGAUUACCAGUCACUUAUCAACGACUACUAGAAGUCGAUUCUAUCUCGACAGUAGAUACAAACAAUGCAGUAUUAUACAAAAGAGGACGUUACAAUUGAAAGUCACAGCUUCAAUAUUGAUAUUUUAUAGGUACAUAAGUGGAUACCCGAUCCGAAGCGAAAAGAGCAUCAGACGGCU